GGACUUUCGCUCUUCUCCUGUAUCAUUCUCCCCAGUUCGUUCAUUUCAACUAAAGUUGCUAUUUCAUUCCAUCGCCCUCUGUAAUAUAAAGAGAAUUUUUCUUAAUUUUCUUUCAUUUACAGUAUAGUACAGGAGGAUUGCUUCGGCUCUCGAAAAUUCCUUUUAUAUUCUUCAUAUAAUUGUGGUAUUCGUUCUAUUUUCUUUCCGUUUUUCCUCCAAAUGAAAUGAUAAAUGGGAUGGAAGAGAUCGAAGUGGUGCUUGAGAAAAUAUGGGAUUUGCAUGACAAGUUAAGCGAUGCAAUUCACUCCAUUUCUCGAACCCACUUCCAGAAUUCCAUAAAAAAUCCUCGCAAAUCCACUUACUCGGAGGAAUAUUAUUUUCAUGGGAAAAAGAAAUUCAAUGAUGAUGACAAUACCGGGUCGGGUUUUGUAUACAUGAAGGGGCUUCAGGUCGAUGACGAGGAUUCGGUAGUUCAAGAGGCCAAGAGUCUUUAUGCCAUCCGAACCGCGCUUGAGAAUCUGGAAGACCAGCUCGAGUUUUUUUUAUUCUGUACAAACUCAGCAGCAGGCAGAGAGAGAUGCUGCAGUUGCGCGUCUGGAGCAAAGUCGUAUUGCUUUUGCAAUGAGAUUAGCUGAACAUAAUGGUAAGAAGUACAAAGUUAUUGAAGAAGCACGAGCUUUGGUGAGCGAUGUACGGAAGGCUAGUCUAUUUGUUUCACUGGAAAAUCCCUUUGGUCCAUCAACCUAUCCUGUCAGUCGAAACUUUGCAUCACCUGAAGAUAAGAGGUAGAAUGUUCUUGUCAAUUUCCUUAUUUCGACCUUUAACUUUGUUUCUAGUACCCUCAAAUUGGAUAGUAUGAGCGGGACUCUGGGGAAUGCUGCUUUAUUUACGAUAAGCAUGCUUGCAUUCUUGCAUCUGAAUCAAGUAAGUGGUAAAGAAAAAUAUACGUUGAACCUCAGCCUUUCCCCAAAUCAAAAUCUCGACUACACAAGAGACAUGAGCAAAGUUUAUCGGACCGUGGGCUCGUCCUCCAGUGAUCAUUCCGAUCAGUUGGAUGUAAUGUCCGCUCGUGGUUAGUUUGAUUCAUCUGCUCAAGCAACUUUCAAUUUUGUUAGCUGUUGUAGUUUUGCAAAUAUAGUACCAAAAUUUUAUUGAUUGUAGUUUUUGUGUUAUUUAUUUGGGCAGAGUCGAACCUCAACUUUUGAUAUAUUUUGUAUAAAAUUGAUUGUAUUUUGUAUGUAUUCAGGCUUUUCAUGUA